AUGGUAGCACACGGUUCGUCGCCACAGCCAUACGGGACGCCAACAACAGUGCCUCCGAUUGGAGUGGCCACAGUGCCACCAGUUGGAAUAGCAACAGUACCGCCUGUUGCAGUAGCACCAGCAAUACCAGCGGUCGGAAUAGCCACACGUCCUGCAGUUGCAGUAGCCACCCCGCCCCCUCCGCCAGCAGCAGCAUCCACAUCGGGGCUGUACUCCCCAACAGUCCCUCCACCACCACCACCCACCACUGUCACUCCUGUCUACCAGGCAAGUGGAUUUUUGACAACAAUAACACUGAAUUCGGUAACAUGCGCAGCAUCGGACAACAUCCCCACGCCGCCUCCACCAGCUGGAACACCACCGCUACCUCCAGGAUCACCUGUAGCAUCAGGCGGCCGCCGAGGUUUUGGUGGAUAUGCGAAGCAAACUCCGCCGGUCCAAGUUGUUAUUCCACCACCACAAGUCAUCUCAUCCGUGCCAUUACCGGCAAGCUCAAUUCCCGUCCCACCAGCAGCGGUGUCUUCGAUACCUCCUCCGCCGCCUGUGAUGCUUGCACCGACGCAAUCGCUGAUAUCCAGGAUAAACAUUGGAACGGCCACGAAGAACUGUUCGGUGGAACCUGCCACAUUUGCUCCCUUACCAGCAAAUAUUGCGCCUGUUGAUCGGAAACCUACGGCCAGCGCGGGCAGUUCCGGGACGGGUCAGCUCGCAAUCGAUCAAGCAUCAACAAGUUCCUCCGACUCGAUGUCGCUGGUACUCGCUGAUAGCUCUAUUCCGGGUCGACGCGAUUUACAGAAAGUGCACGGCAGUAGCAAGGACAAGGGGUCUAAAUCCGAUGAUAAGUCCCAUUAUAAAAAGAAGAAAAAGAAGCCUACUUCAUCUGGACCGAAGGGACCCCAGCUGAAUACUCCACAGGCGUUAGAAGCAGCAAGUCGAGCUGGUGAACUGAAUGAUCAGAUGGCUGCACAGAUUGCUAACUCGGAUGACGUUUCGUUGGCUGCACAAGAAGGACUUGAAAUUAGAGUGAAAGUUUUUUUACAGGUGGUAAUUGCUCAGGAUCCGGCGAAUGGUACAGUGAAAAUAUUUGUGCGCUUUGAAAGCACGCAGGAGGCAGAUGCGGCACGACAGGCGCUUGACAAACGUUACUUUGCUGGCCGCGAGAUCCUGGCACAGCACUACGACCAGAUAUUAUUCGACCACAAUGACUAUUCCGGCUAA